AUGUCUACUACCUUGAUGAGAAUGCUUGGAAUGCUUUGUUACAAUCUUCAGCAAAAACUACCAGAAGCAUUAAAAAAAAAAACUAAAAAACAAACUUUAUCUACAAAUCUUAUAAAUAUUCCUGAUGUUGAAAAUCCUAAUAUCGAUCUUCUUUUUGAGGAAAAAGAAUUUGAAAAGCCAUUAGAAUUUGAUGUUGAAGCGAUAAGUAUUGAUAUAAAGGAUAAAUUAAUAAUAGAAGAGUUUUUUGAUAUAGAUGCUUUUGAACAAAGUCAAAAUAUUAGUGCUGAAAGUUCAGAUACUCAUCUUCAAAAUGCUGCUGUCAGUACUAAAGAUUGGUCGAUUAAUGAUAUUUUUUAA